CCCGAACGCCGCCCGGCAACGGCGAUGAUGGAGCCAAAGCCGCCGUCGCCGGGCCCGGCAUCGGCGACCCACCACAGCCACCGUCGCUGGGCAGCGCCCCUCCUCGCAUCCGUCCUGCUCUCCUCCCUCCUCAUCUCGGCCUCCCUCUUCUUCUCCUCCUCGCGCGCGCUGCUCCUCUCCUUCUCGCCGCUCCCCUCCGCGGCCGCCGCGGAGCCGCUCUUCGUGGAGGCCAAGCUGCGCCAGCACCACCAGGCCACCGCCGCGGCGCGCCCGCCCCGCGCCGUGCCGCGGAUCGCCUACCUGGUGUCCGGCUCGGCGGGCGACGGCGUCGCGCUGCGCCGGACGCUGCGGGCCCUCUACCACCCGGCCAACCGCUACGUCGUGCACCUCGACCUCGAGGCGCCCGCCCGCGAGCGCGCCGAGCUCGCCGCCGCGCUCCGCGCCGACCCCGUCUACGCCCGGUUCAGGAACGUCAGGGUCGUCACCCGCGCCAACCUCGUCACCUACCGCGGGCCGACGAUGGUCGCCAACACGCUGCACGCCGCCGCCAUCCUCCUCCGCGACGGCGCCGGCGACUGGGACUGGUUCAUCAACCUCUCCGCCUCCGACUACCCGCUCGUCUCCCAGGACGAUCUCUUGUACACGCUCUCCUCCUUGCCAAGGGAGCUCAACUUCAUCGAACACACCAGUGACAUCGGAUGGAAGGAGUAUCAGAGGGCAAAGCCCGUGAUCGUCGACCCAGGGCUAUACAGCCUGCAGAAGUCUGAUGUUUUCUGGAUUACGGAGAAAAGGAGUGUGCCGACUGCAUUCAAGCUCUUCACUGGCUCAGCGUGGAUGAUGCUUACUCAUCAUUUUAUUGAAUACUGCAUCUGGGGAUGGGACAAUCUACCAAGGACGGUCCUGAUGUAUUAUGCCAAUUUUCUCUCUUCGCCAGAGGGUUACUUCCACACAGUCAUCUGCAAUGUUCCAGAGUUCCGCAACACCACAGUCAACCAUGAUCUACAUUUCAUUUCUUGGGAUAACCCACCAAAGCAACAUCCUCAUUACCUCACCCUCAAUGACUUUGACGGUAUGCUUAACAGCAAUGCUCCCUUCGCAAGGAAAUUUGGAAGAGAAGAUCCUGUCCUAGACAAGAUUGAUCAGGAAAUAUUGGGCCGUCAACCUGAUGGAUUUGUGCCUGGCGGAUGGUUGGAUCUGUUGAAUACAACAGUGAAAGGGAAACACUUUGCUGUCGAGCGUGUAGAAGAUCUCCGCCCAGGGCCUGGUGCGCACAGGCUAAAGAAACUCGUCACAGGCUUGCUCACUCAGGAAGGCUUUGAUGACAAGCAUUGCGUAUGAAGCUUGAUGAUUCUGGGGUAGGUUACUUGUUCAAAAUUUGGCGCUGGAGCCAUUAGCUAGUCAUUCUACUAGCUGAGGAAGCAGAACAUAGCGUCAAAUUCGCAUCGAUGGAAUGGUCUGAUAGAAGAUGUUCUUAUAGACAACCGCUUGAGUUGAGUUACCGUACAGCAGGAGACCACGGCCGUAGCAGUCAGAGAUUAUACAUCACUAAUAGCUCAUUAGGUUAUGUUAGAAGAUUAUAUCAGCCCAACCAUUAAUAAUAUUGGAAUCUUCGGUUUCUCAGCGUUGCAGGUAGUCCCAAGGUUGGUCCAUUCUUUGAAUAGAACAGGACCCGAUCUGUUUAGGAGCUAUCUGCACAUGGGAUUUCGUUGUAUUAAUUGUGGAUUCCUCGGGGCAAACUGGUACAUUUUGGCUGCGUAUAUGUAUUCUUUGAUUUGUUUUCCUUCUCCCACUGCUGAUUAUACCAAAUCAUUUGCAAAGCCUUCCUCCCUUUGGUAAA